CUUUGCUGAACUUCACUUCAAAGCAGAUACAUGACUCAACUCCGCAACACUGCAUCUAUAGGUGCAGCUCAAUGGAAAAUGUAUCUUAUCAAGGUCUUCUGUGUGAUAUAUUUCACUGCUGUUUGUGCAGCUCAGGAUCCUGAAGAUGCCACUGAAGUGUACAGAAGCAGCUUUCCAACCACUGUUGUGCCAGAAAUGAUGCCGGCGACAACUGUUUAUAAGCCUGCCAUACCAUCUCUGCAGCAACAGUCAGCCUGGUUGGAAGUGUUUCCCUCUGAGAAAGUGGAGCUCAGCUGUGUCAGUGGCAGCUCUGACCUGAUCAUCACCUGGUACAAAAAUCAAGAACUACUACAAGAUGCAGAUCCAAACGUGUCUAUAUCUGCUGACGGGUCAGUCCUCACAAUCACUGCGGCAACACAAAUGGCAGGAAGUUACAUCUGUAAAGUUCAUCACAAAACAAAGGGCGGUACCCAUUCAAGUAGCAACUCACUUGAAGUCAAAGUUUAUGCAAACAACCCCAAGCUGACUAUGGAGCGAACACCAAGCUUGGACAAGAUGUACCCCGGAGAGUCUGUCACCUUCACAUGCAGUGUCAAGGAGGCCUCUGGAUGGGAAUAUCUGUGGUCCCAUAAUGGCAGUGAAAUUCAAGCACAAAGUACUUCUACUUAUGUAAUAAAUACUAUAGAUCAUUCUAACAACGGACAGUACCACUGCAAAGCCAAGAGAGGCAAAGACCCAUUCUACACAGAGGAGGGUAAAACAUCUCUGCAGGUCUCUGACCCGCCUGCACCUUCUCUGACACUGGAGAGUACCUGGAGGGAUGUUUUCGAAGAUGAGCUUGUGUUGUUAAAGUGUGGGGUUGGCGACUCUACCUGGAAGUACAUCUUUUACAAAAAUGAACAGCAGCUCUCGCAUGACUCGCUGAGAGAGCAGGACUCGGAUGAAGAUGGAUUAUAUCUCAAUAUCACUUCGGUCACUCAGGCUGAUAAAGGAGAGUAUGCCUGCAAAGCUCAGCAUAAUUCCAGGAAAGCCAUCUCUGGAUUCAGCAACAGAAUUAACAUCAUGGUUUAUGAAAACACACCAGAACCGACAGUGAGCAAGGACCCUGAUUUUAACCCGAUGUAUGUUGGAGAAACGGUGAACUUCACCUGCAAUGUUGCCGUGGCCUCUGGCUGGAGCUAUUGGUGGUACAAAGAUGGAAAUGACCUCUCACCACCUACCACCAGCAAAACCAUCAGCAUUCCUCUUAGUCUUUCUGAUGGGGGGGAAUACUCGUGCCAGGCUACCAGGAGUGGAAAAACAUCAACAAACGUCAGUGCUGAAAUAUCACAGGAAGUUCGUGAAAUUCCUGUACCAUCUUUGAAGAACCUGACCCAGUGGUUGGAUGUGUUCCCCACUGAGAGUGUGAAGUUGAGCUGUAGGAUGGCUGAAGGCACUGGCUGGAAACAUACAUGGUACAAAGACGGACAAAAGGUUCAGGCUGAUAAUACUGUGUCUUUUGACUCGGAUGGAGCAACUCUUUCCAUCAGCGCUGCUUCAGUUAAACAUGCAGGAAAAUAUACCUGUAUGGGACACCUCCAGGACAGGUCUGUCCGCAGCAGCCCAAGUUCUGAACUUACUCUCACAGUGUAUGAUAAGAAACCCAGUGUCACACUGACACAGGAUCCAGAGUACAAGGUGAUGUUCCCUGAGGAAUCAGUCUCCUUCAGCUGUCACAUCAAUGUCUCCACUGGAUGGGAGUACCUGUGGUAUAAAGAUGCCACUGAAAUUGGUGUAUCUGAAAAAAUGUAUUCAAUCAACUCUGUUAAGACAUUAAAUGGAGGAUCAUAUAGAUGCAAAGCAAAAAGAGGCAGGAAUCAAGUCUUUGUCAGUGAUUCUAGUCAGGAAAUACACCUUAAAGUCCAAGCACAAAAGCCGAAGACCUUGAUGACUCGAGAUCCAGACGUUAACAAGGUGUAUGCUGGAGAGUUAGUGUCCUUCAAAUGUAAAGUUCCAGUCUCGUCUGGUUGGGAAUAUCAGUUGGUCAAAAAUGGAAAAGAACUUUCUUACAACAGUGGCUUUACAAUCCAUAAAGCUAGUUCAUCAGAUAGUGGGACUUAUGAGUGCAAGGCCAAAAGAGACAAAUCAACGUACUAUGCCGAGCAUAGUGGUACAUGGAACUUACAAAUAGUUGAAAUUCCUGUUCCAUCUUUGAAGAUGAUGACCCCGUGGUUGGAUGUGUUCCCUUCUGAAAGUGUGAAGUUGGGCUGUAGGAUGGAUGGCAGCUCUGACUGGACGUAUAUAUGGAGCAAAGAUGGACAGAAGCAGCCUUCUGAUAAUUCUUUGUCAUUUGACUCGGAUCAAAGAACUCUUUCCAUCAGUUCUGCUUCUGCCUCACACCGUGGACAAUACACCUGCUCAGCGAAGCUCAAGAGCCGGUCUGUCUUCAGCACCAACAGUUCUGGACUAACACUCAGGGUUUAUGAUACCAAACCCAGAGUCACACUGAUGCAGCAUCCCGAGCACGAUGUGAUGCACACUGAAGAUUCAGUCUCCUUCAGCUGUCACAUUAAUGUCUCUUCUGGAUGGGAGUACCUGUGGUACAAAGAUGGGACUCCACUCGCCGAAUCCGAAAACAGUCAUAACAUCAGUUCUGUUGUGACGGCAAACACGGGAUCAUAUUCAUGCCAAGUUAAAAGAGGAACAAAUGAAGUCUUCCAGUCAGACCAGAGUCAGGCUGUCAGGCUCAACGUCAAUGAGCGCCCACAGGCUCACAUAAUCCUGUUAACUGGUUGGUCAGAGGUCUUUGCAACUGACAGCUUGGUGCUCAAAUGUGAGGUGCGGGAAAGCAAGGACAUGUGGAACUACACAUGGUUCAAGGAGGGAAAACAAAUCGAUCUGCUUCAUCUGCCUGAGAAGCACACAGUCACACCCCAGAAUGACCCUAACCAGAGCCUGUACACCUGCUAUGGCGUUCGCAAUGGGAGACCAUCUUAUUCAAAACGCAGCGAUUCUUUCAAGACCAAGAGCCUUCUUUUGAAGAGGAGACUGCUUCUUGCCAUCUCUGGCUUACUCUUCUUUGGCCUCAUUGCUGUCUUCCUUGGAUGCAUUGUCCUCAGAGUCUUCCGUAAACCAGCUGAUGAUGAUGACAAGCCAGAAGAGGAAAACCUUUUUCUCACGAUGGCUCAGAUGAAGGACCGUACUGAUGCACCUUGUCCGUUGGUUGAGUACAUCACCGAUGCAUCACUGAAUGAACCAUGUAAAGAAGUGGAUGAGAAUGGCACAAGUUGCAGUGAAACAACACCACUACCCAUAACCACACAGGAGGACAAAGCUGUGACGACUGAGAGCACAGAAGAAAACAACGGAGGGUUAGUUUCCUUCAAACAAUGAGUCACUGAGGAUGUUUCCAUGUCAGUUUAGUAGUUAAUCAUUUAUGAAUAUAUGGAAACUGGAGAGACAGUUUAGCUAUUGUACGAUGCUUAUUACUAGCAAAAAAUUUAAGAGAUUACAAAGUGGAGGCCAAACUCUGAAUGGUGGCCAUCAUUGGACAUGUAAGGAUCAGCUUGUCUGGCUCAGCUCUGCAUAGUUAGACUUUCAACCUGAGUUUUGCUUUCACCUGAAUGUUAACAUUCUGAGGUUCACUAUGUUUGUAUUAGUCUUAAAAUACACCUGAGGAUCAUUGGGGAUGUUUUAAGUGAUGAGUUUUAAAGGCCAUUUAAGAGAUGUUUUGACUCGUAGCAGCGCUAGAUAAAAGUUGAGUAAAUUUAGUAGGAUCCAUCCUCUCGGGACAGUGUUGGCACCAAAGUUCAUCAAAUAAUUGACAAAGUAUUACAGCCCAGCUCGAUGGACAGCCCAUCAUUGCAAUAUAACUGUGUAUAGAUUUGUUCUUUAUAUAUGACUUUACUUGGUUGGACAUUGCUGGUGGUAAUUGUACAUUUUCAUUUUAAAUUGACAGCAUUGUAUUGAUGUACUAACCGUCAAAGGUACUGUUAAACUAUGAAACAUUAUUUAUGUGAUAAACAUCAAUCAUAUACAUCGUUAACUUUUUGUUAGCUUUCAGUUAUGGCAUGCACUAUACAUAAUGUUAUAUUCUGCAGGAUGAUUUAUCAGCUCUCCUUCAAAUAGUGUUUCAGUUCUUAGAACAAACACCAGAUGUCAGUAGAUAUAAGUUAGGCUUAUCCAAAUGUUAUUUAAUGUUUUAACAACAGUUAUUGCUUUGUUCUUUGGAUACUGUACGAUAUAUUUAUGUAGAAAUUCAAGUAUCUUGUGACUCCAUGUGAAAUUAUCAAAAUAAAAAAUACAAAAUGUU